GAAGACUGAGAGUGAAAGAAGAAGUGAGUCAUCGGCUGAGUAGCGGUAUUUCAGGGAAUCGUGGUUACAUUUUGUGACUGAGUAACGUGUAGUGGUCGCAGUAGUCAGUCAUUAUUUUCUUGGCUUUCAAGAGCAAUCAGACCUACCGAGUAAGCGAAUAAUUUAUCGUGCUUUGUUUCCUCCAAACGAAGGACUUUACUUUAAAGUACGGGACUCGAACGAUUCGCCAAAGCAUCAUACUUCUUGUGCACUAAGCUGAAAUGGCAGCUCUGCAAGGACCUGAACAUAGACAGCAUCCAGAACAGACAGUAGUUCCACUGUACCCGCACUGGCGGGCAGUCUUCAACAAGUACGAUCUGGAUAACGAUGGACGAAUAUCAUUUUCAGAACUCAAGAAUAUCAUCAAUAGUGAAUCAUACGAGAAAGAUAUACCAGACUCUGCAGUCAGGGAAAUCAUGAGACGAGCGGAUCAGGACCAGAGUGGAUAUCUGGAAUGGAAUGAAUUUGAGAAGCUGGUGCACAUGAAAGAGUUUCACAGCCUAUUUGGUGUAGCCAUUAACAAGUAUAUACAUGCAACAGUGGUGCCACGAUCCAGGCUAUCUCAGGUGGAUCAGGUGGAUGGGACAGGGGAGUAUGAGGAGCAGUACAGCUGCUGGCCCCCUGCUGUCUGCAUGAUCAUCAUCAGCAUUGUAGAGGUGAUUACAUUCCUGUUUGAUGUUGUUACUAUGGGAACAACAGCAGCAGACGGUCCUGCUGCAGUGGCACUUAUGUAUGAUCCACAUAAACGAUACGAAGCCUGGCGCUACCUGACUUACAUGUUUGUUCAUGUUCGUCCAUUCCACUUGAUUGCAAAUCUUCUAGUCCAGAUACUUCUUGGGAUACCAUUAGAAAUGGUGCAUCAUGGAUGGAGAGUUCUGAUAGUUUAUUUUGCUGGAGUAAUUGCUGGUUCAUUGGGGACCUCUGUGUCUGAUCCAAGUGUUUACUUAGCAGGUGCAUCAGGUGGUGUAUACGCUCUAAUUACAGCACAUGUGGCCACAAUAAUAAUGAACUGGAAUGAGAUGAAGUUUGCGAUUCUGCAGGCUCUUGUAUUUUUUAUCCUUGCUGGUAGUGAUAUUGGAUCUGCUGUCUACAAUCGUUAUGUCCUUAAGGAAAAAACACAGAUUGGGUAUGCUGCCCACCUUGCUGGUGCUGUCGCUGGAUUGCUUGUCGGAAUCAAUGUUCUGCGCAAUCUACAGGUGAAAUACUGGGAGAAAGUGUUGCGUUGGACUUGCAUAAUCCUAUAUGUUGCACUGAUGCUUGCUGCCAUAAUCUGGAAUGUAGGAUUCCCUGAAUAUUUUCCAGAGUCUGCGUACAGCACAUAGUGCUUUAUAGCUGUGACUGAGACAGAAACAUCAGCUGAUGCAAGCAGUAAGUCAGAAGCGUAAAGUUUUUUCCUUUCAGACAGUGCACAAGACGACUGUCCACCCUGGUUUCUCUCACUAUGUCUAGCAUUUUAGGUGAUGUUCCGGCCAAUUGGCAGACAUUUUGAUUAAAAAUAUAUUGGACAUAAUUUCUAAUUGUUGGUGAUUAUGAUUAACUCACGUUGGUUGUGAAAAUAGUGCCCAUUGGAAUUUAUGUGAAAGAACUCAAGUUAGGAAGACAAGAAGAAGAAAAGCUGGAUGCAAGUAUGAUGAAGAGACCCUGUGGUGAUAAAAUCAUGGGGAUGGGUACUUUGGGUGAGUCUAAGAUGCAUCAGAUAACUAGGCGAUCAAAACCACUGCCUAUAGAAGUUGGUAUUCACAGUUAAAGGUGUAUAAGAUAUACCCAUUGUUUAGAAUACAGAUUUAAAAUUUUUUACAUGUCCAGCACAGAUAGAGCUUCUAAAAACUAGUUGAAUAGUAGUUAAAUUUAUUACAUUCAGUGGAUGUACUCUCUUGUUUGCAAAGAAAAUAAGAGACAAUGUAUUACAGACCCCAGAAAGGAAAAGAAAAAUAAGAAGAAGAGCAGCACUUAUUUUUAGUUUUAUAACAGGUAUGUCAUGAUUCAAAAUACAGCUCCAAUGGUGUAAGUCCAAUUUUGGAAUGUCGUCAGUGAAACUACCCACCAAAGAAUAUAAUAUUCAGCAUACACACACAACAAUAGUAACAUGUUUAAUUUUGUGUGCUGAAUCUAUAAUUCAGAUUAGUUGUCCAUUUUUUCCAAUUUUGCAGACUCAAUUUUAAUAGCUGCCUAAUGUUUCUUGUUCUAUAUUGUGUAAUCAGUGUUGCUAUAUUUUUACUCUUAUAUAUUUUUGAUACUGUUAUUUGUAUACAAGCUAACAAAUGUUGUGUAAUUUAUGAGGAAAACAUUGAAUAUGUGCACUUAACAGUUGAUGCGUGUUAUUUACAAUGUUUGUAAUGCGUAUAUACACAAUAGCACUUAAAUGAAACUGCUUAUUUUUUAUGAAUCUCUUCUUUAUUUAUAUAUUCUUUUUUACAUAUGUAUAUUCUUCUACAUAGCAUUGAAUCUAUUUACAGUAUUAACUGCCUCAGACAUCAAAGAUGUUUGAAAAUGUGUGAAGCAUGUAUUGUAACUUCAAAUUUUUGUGUGCGCUUCAUGUUGUAUUGAGUUGUACCUACAGUCUUCGCUGAAAUGUCAGUGCCUUGUCUUAAUACUUGUCUGUAUAAAUCUGUUUUACAUAAAAGAUUGUAGUAUUUUAAGUAUUGAACAGAAAUAUGCAAUGUAAAGAAAUGUAUUUCCCCAGCUGCAUAAUUUGGGCUACUAUUUCUUUUAAAAUUUUGUAUUGAAUGUGCCUUCUUAAAGUACCAUUCUGUGAUAAAAGUCUUUGCAGUAUUGUCAACAAUAUUCUUAUGUGUUGCAAUCUUAAAGAUUUAAGAAUAUUUUUCAAACUAUAAAAUAAGUACAAACUAUAAACAAUGGAUAAAUGUAUUUUUAUUGUAUGUAAGUUAUGGCUUAGCUUUUUCAGGCCUUUCAGGACACGAAAUAUUUUUAUAUAUGAUGAUCCAUGGCUAACAUUGUAUAUGAGAGUCUUGUUGGAAACACACACACACACACACACACACACACACACACACACACACACACACACACACACACACAAUCACACCAUGUGACACCCUUUAUUGUGCUAUCCCAGUUCCAGUCUAAAAUAUCAUCAUCAGGACACAAAACAUAACUGUAACAUAUUUGUGUACAAUCCGUGGUGAUUUUGAUAAGCAUUCUGUUUCGAGUUUACAAUCUGUAAAGUCUAAUUGGUGUCCAAGUUUGAAUCUGUGUCUAAGUUUGAAUCUUCGAAAUGUCAGCUAUGAACAAAACUACAUGUAACUAAAAAGCUUGAUUUUAGAAGGCAUCACCUACUGAUACAUUUCUUUGUUGUUGUCAGAUAUUAUUUGCAUAUAUUACUGUCUAAGAGCAAGAUCUACAUGUCACCUGUGCUGUUAUGUGGAAUGUAUUAUGCUCAAAUCUAAUUAUUAGUGCAACUGUUCUCAGUAUUAGAUUUUCUCACAUCAUGUGAUAGGAAUUUAGAAGCAGAUCUGACCAUACACAUUUCACACUUGAAACAGAAUGGUAGUCUUCAAAAUCAUGUUAUGUGUACAUGUAGUUAAGUGAUGAUGUUUUGUUACCUGGUGAUCUUACAGAUUGAAACUGAUAGCACCAAAGAGACAUUUAUUCAGCAGAUGUCAGUAAGUUUUCCAACAGGAUUUUCUUUUCAAACCUGUUGUAAGGCUAUAACAGUUAUAAGGCUAUGAUGACAGUCUAAGCAAGUUGUUAGUUGUUGUUGUUGUUUUAUUAUUAUUAUUAUUAUUAUUAUUUCUGUUGAUGUUUAUUAUUAUGUUAUAAAUUCUUACUUUUUGCUCAUGUUUAUACCUAUUUUAUUACAAAUGUUGGAAUUAUCAUCCAGAAACUUAGUUUUUAUGAACACUUAGAGAGAUUGUUGCCAAGUCUUUAAAAUACUUUGUGCUCUCUUAGUUUUGAUUGUAGAAUUUACUGUACUAGUACUUGCAAUGCUUGGAACAGUGCAGUGACUACUGGUCCUAUUUUGCUUUUCUUCCUGAGAGUGGUUAGUUACUUUCUUGUUCCCUUUUAUUAAGAGAAUUGUAGUUAGUGUGCAUGAAGCUCAACCCUCAUUUUUAGGUUUGUAUAGGUAUAUAUGUUAAUUGUCACACUGGCUUGAUUGGAGUACCUUCUCCCAAACCCUUCUUUGUCAUGAUAGAUUGUACUCAAAAGAAGCCAGUUUGAAGAUUUCUUGUAUUGGAUGACUAAUAAUUGCAGUGUUGAAGGACAUAUUGUAAUAGUUAUUGUGUCAGAAGGCAAGAUGCAUUUUGUCUUCUUCAGGUGCCCACAUUUAGGGAAGGUGUGUUUUUUCUAUUGCGUUGAGUGUAUGGUGUCUUUUGAUGCAAGAUUUUUGAAAAACCUAUGAUGUACACAAAUACCCAGGACAGCAUGUGUUAUAUUUACUUGUCAUUAUUGCUUUCCCCUCUUCCUGUGGUUGUGUGACUUGAAGUUUGUGUAUUAAAGUUUAAUUAUUAGGUCAAAAAUAGUAGGAAAUAUGUGAUGCAGUUUUACAAUCUAAUGCAGUAGGAUAUAUUUUUAUGGUCAUUAUAGAAUAUUUGUGUUGAAGCUAAUGUGCACUUUCAUUUUUCAACACUCAUCUCAUGAAGAGCAAAAGCUAUCCUUAAAAUAUUUCUCAUUAUGCUAAACAGUCCAUUCAAAAUACAGGCUCUCUUAUCAAACUUAUAUUCAUUUUGUAUCAUAUGCACAAGCUGCCACAACCCCCCCCCCACCCUCUUACCCCACGUACACACACACAUGUGCAGAGAGAGAUAGAGAGUGAAUUUUGGUGAAUUGGUUUCAACCAAACAAUUUCUAACUUAAUAUGGUUCUUUAAUUAGAUUGAAUUUUGUUGUGCGGGUAAGUGAGGUAAAAGAUCUGAAGAUGAUUUUUUAAGAGAACCAAAAGUAGUCAUAACAAAAAAAUGUGCUUUGUGAUUCAAAUGGAGAAGAACUGUUAUAUCUUUAUUUUGAGUAACAUAGAAAUUGAAAGCAGACUGAAGUACUCUACUGAUUUUACAACAUUUUGUAGUGAUGAAAGCUUAAUAAAGAGUUCUUUCUAUCUUCUGCAGAGUACAGUAUUUAAUGUAAGUAUUUAGAAUAUAUGACUGAGUUUAAAUUUUCUGUCUCCUCUAGAAUUCUAUUCUGAGAUGUAUCACUUGACCUUUGACCAGGAAAUACGGUGAUGAACACUUAAAAUUUAGUGAGUCAUCCUGUUUCUGUGGCAUCAUAGUAGAAUCGGGAAAGACGAGGGUGAAGUAUUCCCCAUUUAUUACUGUGGGAGCAUUGACUGUUCUCCUUGGGGCUUGAAUUUUAUUUGCACACUGUUUAUUUGAGUGUUUGAUCUGUCAUAUUGGUAUUGUUCAGUUGAAUUUAUUCUACUUUUGCUUCUUCUUGCUUGUACACACUAGUUUUUGUUAAGGGGAAGCAAAACUAUCUCUCUUACUUGCACUGUUAGCUAUCUCUUCUGUCACGUACAUAUCAUAAAAAUGCAUUCAUUGUGUUCUUAUUGUUAGUGCUCUGUCCCUCACAUAUCCAACACAUGACAAAGGCUGACAGAUUUUGACUUUUAGGCUGAGGCUUGCAUGAAAAUACGAGUGUCUGACUAAAUAGAUGGCACUGAUCACAAGCUGAAGCUUGUUUUUCUACAGCACAUUGGGUUUUGGCACCACCAUCAUCAUCAUCAAAAUCUGUGCCCAGUGAAAUCAGGAAUCAAUUACAGGAAGCUGUAGGCAAAAUGGAACACAAAAAUGGUAAUAAAGUAACGUGAGAGACGUGUGACCUUUAAGAAGCAAAUAUGGUGAUUUGGACUCUCACUGGAUGGAGGUUUUGCUUCUGUUAAUCCUUGAUGACCUUCCUUGUGGAUGUCGCUUCUUCUUCAUGUGUGAUACACCAUCGGUAGUCAGACAUGUUUAUUCUGCAACAACCUUGGUAACAACAUUCCAGAGUUUUAAGUUCCCAAUGGAACCAUUCACCAUGUUCCUAUGAUGUGUCGGCCAAUUUGGCCUGAAAUUUCUAGUUGUGACAUUCAAAAAAUUAUUUUCAGGAGACCUUGUGUCCUACCUGUUUAAAUGACUAGCAUAUCUUCCAUCAUUUCCUUGUAAUAAAGCUGCUUAUUUUGGCCAAGGAAAUGAUCCACAAAAAUUUUUAAACUUCUACAAAGUUGCUAUUCUAUUUCCAACAUUAUACCGUCAACGUGUUCAUCAGACAUCAACUUGCAUGUAUCUGGUCCAAUAGAUAUCCUUUCUUUCACAUACUACUUCAUCAGUCCUAAUUUGAUGUGUAGCUUAGGCAAUAAAAUUUGAUCUGGAUUAACCAGAUGCUUGUUAACAAUAUUCUUCGAUCCCAUUCUCAAGUUUUUCCUUUUAAGUCACUCUCUCAUACUCCAAUGGUUAUGAUAUCCUUUCCAGCCCCAUUCACACACAUAGUGGGCAUCUUGGUGAAGCCUGUUCACUGACUGAGAAGAAUGCCAAUCACUUUAAAGUCACUGCAUACAACCCACUAGUGUUUUUCAUACUUCAGAUUUUGAAGGAUUACGUGUAUAGUAAUGUAUGACCCUCUUCCGUGUACCGAAUACACAAUCGAAAUUGAAGUUAACUCAUUGCCAGUAUGUAGAAAUAUUGCUUUCAAACUUUUUAAAAAUCUGUACAUAACCUCCAUUGCUUACUGCCAUACAUUUGAGCCCCCACUUUCAUCAGUAAUCUGGUGAUGUCUGCAGAAUACAAUUAAACCAUUUAAAACAAAAGAUUCUCUAAAGUCUUUAUCACAAUAUAUGUACACAGAAUAUGACAUAUUGUGCGCAAGUGAAUUAUUUUCACUGAGACGUGAUCCUAGAAGUUGUGUUAUGUCUUUUCAAGAGUCCCAAGACUUACACCAAAUUGUUAAUUUCUGUUUGAGGAAGAGAUUUUGGAUUACUAUCAGUACCACCCUCAGAACAGUUAGAUUCAUUACUUUCUUGACUUGCCUUCAGUUUAGAUAAUUUUCAAAUGAUGAUGGUGGAGAGAGGAUCGGUAGCCCUGGACCGAAAGGUGUAAUCACUGAAAAUGUAUCCGGGCUAUUCACACAUUCUCUUUCUGACAUAUUAGACACUGCACUGAUGAAAUAAUGCAACUCAGUGCACAUAAUCACCUUUUAGCUCUCACACUCGCUCAACUGUUGAUUUCUGCAGUGACAACAUAACAUCUGCUUCAAAUUUCAUUCUCCCCCCCUACUUCUACUUCACCAUCUUGUAAUACAGAUAUACAAUGUUGGCACAUUUAUAUAAAUUACACUACACAACAUAGAUUUAGCAACCAGUAGUAAAUAAUAAAUAACCCACAGUAGCUUGGGAGGAGGGGCAGCUGUGCAGAGAAAACUGAGAGUGAUGGGGAAAAAACUGAUAUCAUUUUCAUGUUCAGGGGUGCCAGAUUAGUGGAGAACACCACUUAUGUUCUAGGCUUCAGUAUCCUUGUCGACCUCUGAUGAUUGUCCCACAAUUAUUUCUGCUGCUGUUUCAGUUUGGUGCUCAUUGCAGUGGUGUCUUACUGCAAUCAUCUCACUGUGCGAUGUAUUCAUCAGCAGUUGCUGUAACUUACUUGACACAUUCUUUAUUUAUUGAAUUUAUCUUUCUUUAGUUUAUAUUUAAUUAUAAUAUUCUGUUGUGGCAAUGGCCUCAUCUAGUCAAUUAAAUGCUGAAUGGUGUGUAGUUUUCUUGCAGCAUGUUACAAUUGGUCUGAAAUUAUUUGAAUUUAAUUCUCUUCUGGAACAGCAUGUGUAGGAGAAACCAAGUGGCAACAUGAAAUACUCAUAUUUUCUGAGAUGUUUUUCUUAAAACUUUUUACACUUUUAGAUUUUAUUGUCCUUUAAAUUGUAGUUUUUUUGUUAUGUGAAUAGUCAACAUUUUCAUAUAGGCCGUACUCUCAUGCACUGAGAUGUUCCACAGUAUGUUACAAAUCACAUAGUUGCGUUUUACACUAAGUUGAUUUUUGUUUCUAUGUGAAUGAUGGGGUAAGAGUAGCAGUUGGGUGCCACUAAAUUUUAUGUAUUAUUGUGUGUGGUGGCACUAUGUGCAAUAAACAUGGAUGAGGAUGAUUGUGAACAAAUUUGGAACAAUUUGUGAAUGAAUGAUACAAUGAAUCAUAACUGUCUUUUUUGUUUUACGGCAUCUUUCCUGCAGUCACAAUUAUACAGUUUAUAUAGAUUAACACCAUCUUUUCAACUAUAAUAAAAGCCUUUUUAGACCAAACCCGUUUUGCAUUAUUUUAAAGCAGCUUCAGUGGUCAGGCUUUUUCGUUUCUUAAUUUAUUCUUAAUGUUCUUGUACAUAUAAGUGUUAGAUUUUUGUGUGCAGCACUUUCACUGUCAUGAAACAUAUUUGUCCCUUUUAUUGUGUAGGUCAACUGCCAUCUUGCCAUUUGUGUACUUCGUUUUGUAGUACAUGAAAUGGUGAGAAGGCUAUGUUCCUACACAACAUACAAUUUUAAUUAUAUUUCGUAUUAAUUUCGUAUUAGUGAAAGUGCAGUGUAUAAAAAAUCUUACCUAUUUGUGUAAAAGUGUAUAAAAAAUCUUACCCAUUUGUGUAGAAGAUCAUUAAAACAAAUCUUACCAUUGAAGAUGCUUUAAAAUAAAGCGAAAUAUUUUUAGUCUUAAUAAGACUUUUAUUACAGUUCCAAAAGACAGUAUUAACCUACAUGAAUUGAAUCAUAAUUGUUCCAUAAACACCUCUCAAUUAAAAUGUGCCCCUCAUUGAAUUCUAGUAUCAGAGUGGAAAGUGCUCCUAUCGUAGCACAAAAAAAUGUGAAUAUGUCCUGCACAGAUUUAGGGAUGUAAAAAAAUGGAACUAACUUUUUGACUAAUCUGGCAGCUUUAAAGACAUAUAAAUGAAAACAUCUUGAUGUAUUACCACUUUUUAGAGUUAGUACCUAUGUCAUUUAAUGCAAUGCUCUGUGUCAAUUAAAGUAACAUGAUACACGAUAUCGUGUCGUAUAACAUGACACGUGCCAUCAUGUCACCCAGCAUGGCAUUUGUCAUGUCGUGCAAUAUGAUACAUGUUGUUAAAGUUUAGGAGUACUUCCUAUUACAGUUGCACCCCACAUUCAUAUAUGUUCUCUUGUAGAUGCAGCCCACUCUCUAGAUGCACAUAAGUUUGUGUCUAUUCAUUCUUACUCCCCUCACCAUAUAUGUAACAAGAUGUGGGUCUAAGAGAACUCACUGGCUGGGGAAGUAGGUUUAACUCAUAAACGAGCAUGAAUAUGUCACAGUGUUUUGAUUUAAAUGUCUUUAAACCUCCCUGGUAAGUCGAAAAGCUAGUUCUCUUCUCUUACAUUCCUAACUUUGCCCAGGACAUAUUCACCCUUUUUUGUGCUUUGGCAGGAGCAUUUUUUAGUUUGGUAUUCAACUUUUACGCUACCAUAAUUUUGAGAUUAGAAGCCAUAGCUUGGCAACCAUGGUAGAUUUUUUUUUUAUGACUCAUGCGAUGACUGAUCCAGUAUAGGUUUUUUAAUUGUCAUUCAAACCACGUUGCUUAAAAUUGUGGCAACUCUUUUACAAAACAACAGGAUUACAAAUAAUUACUUGUAUUUGUCCAUUUUAUUACAAAAUUUGAACAGAAUGAGAUUUUCACUCUGCAGCAGAGUGUGCGCUGAUAUGAAACUUCCUGGCAGAUUAAAACUGUGUGCCAGACCGAGACUCGAACUUGGGACCUUUGCUUUCGCGGGCAAGUGCUCUACCAACUGAGCUACCCAAGCACGACUCGCGCCCCGUCCUCACAGCUUUACUUCUGCCAGUACCUCAUCUCCUAUCUUCCAAACUCUACAAAAGCUCUCCUGCGAACCUUGCAGAACUAGCACUCCUGAAAGAAAGGAUAUUGCGGAGACAUGGCUUAUCCACAGCCUGGGGGAUGUUUCCAGAAUGAGAUUUUCAGUCUGCAGCGGAGUGUGCGCUGAUAUGAAACUUCCUGGCCGAAUAAAACUGUGUGCCAGACCGUGAUUCGAACUCUGGACCUUUGCCUUUUGCGGGAAAGUGCUCUACCAACUGAGCUACCCAAGCACAGGAAGGUAGGAGACGAGGUACUGGCAGAAGUAAAGCUGUGAGGACGGGGCGUGAGCUGUGCUUGGGUAGCUCUGUUGGUAGAGCACUUGCCCGCGAAAGGCAAAGGUCCCAAGUUCGAGUCUUGGUCUGGCACACAGUUUUAAUCUUCCAGGAAGUUUCAAAAUUUGAACAGAUUCACACAAGUUUGAAAAACAGGAAUGGCACAUGUAAAAAAACUAAAAAAAGAAAUUUUUUUGCACAUAAAAUCCAAAUAAAGCUAGAUUUUUGAAAGUGAGUUUUCAGUUUUAUUGUAAGAAUGCAUUUUUUAUUUAUUUGAUUCACUUUAAACUGUUCUGCAUAUUCAGUUAAUGUAAGAACGAAUCUUAUGUGCUACAUUUAGCUCGACUUUAAACCACCAUGUCUUGACAAUGGAUAAAGAUUAUUGGAUUAAAAAAUUUGUCUUAACCUUUGUGCAAAGCUUCAACCAGUACAUACAAGUUUAAAGUAUAGAAGUGAUGCGCUUCAAAAACCUCCCAGAAAAAUGUAUUUUUUGUGUAUAAAAUCCAAAUGCAGCAAAAUUUUUGUAAACAGUUGGAACUUACUUUAGAUCGAGAUCCAAUACACUGGUGGCUCAAAUCUGAACUAUCUGUCUUGGUUCAGUAUGGAGUUAUUUAAAGGUGUCUGUUUUUGCACACAAAAUGUGAAUGAGGGUGACCGUUUUUGCAUGUAAAAUCCGAAUGGUGCACGUAAAAUCUUUUGCAAAACGAAUUAAUCAGUUCGCAUAAUUUGCCGCAUGCCAUCUCUGGUUCAUCGUUCAAACCUUGCUUGGUGUACUAUAACAUAGCUACAGUAAGAAAGACAUAUUCAAAUGGCUAUAUUAAUGGCUGCUGGUUCAGGCUAAAUAAAAAAGUUUUCACUCCAUGUUCCUAGCUCAAAUUGGAACCAAGUACUAGGAACACCUCCCCCAAAUCACGAUUCUGUGCACAGACUUUUCAGAUGUACUUGUAUUUGUUACAGUGCUUGUAGAUGCGACACAGGUCAUUUUCAAAGUUUAUAUUAGACAUGUGAAUGCAGUUUGUUUAAAAAUUUUGUCUAAUUACCUGGCAGUUAGUGUUUGUCUCUUUUUCCCUACUUUAUAGCAAUUAAUCUGACUGCAUGAGAGAUUAACUUGCCAGUGUACAGAAGUAAAAGUUUUCAAUAAGAUUAUUUCAUCCAGUGUGUGGUGUGGUGUGCCACCUUUAUACGAGUAGUAUACACUGUGCAGGUAAUGUUCCACAUGUCUUAUAUCUCUAAAAAUGACAUCUUUAUUGAUAACUAGGUCUAAUCAGUCCUCAUCUGUUUACUCUAAUAUUAUUAGUGUUUACAUUGAUAGUAUUAGGUCAAACAAAGGUACUCCCAGAGAUAGAGACUAUUUGUCAGUGAAGAAUGUUGUGAAUAUUUCUUAUUUGUAGAAAUUUUGUUGACCAUAUUGUGUAAAGAAAUGAAAAGAGAGGUGUGUGUGUGUGUGUGUGUGUGUGUGUGUGUGUGUGUGUGUGUGUGUGUGUGUGUGUGCGCGCGCGCGCACGCGUGUGCACGCUGAAACUAUUCUUCAGGCAUCUAUUACUUUUAUGUGGAAAGUGGGUUAUUUUUUAUAUUAGAUGAACACUCUUUUGUGUUCAUUGUCCUUUUGUAUGAUUCAAAAUAUUGCGUUAAAAUAAAUUUUGUGACUAAAUUGUUCAUAACUUUUAUACACUGUAUUCAUUUUGUACAAAUGUAUACUGUAUGUAUUGUACCUUUUUCCAGUGUAAUGCUUUUGCACAAAUUAUAUUUAUAUCAUAGUUUAGGUAUUGUGUGGUGCACUGUACUUUUAUCAUUCUCCAUCCAUGUACGCUUUAAUAGUCUGAAUAAAACCUUGUAUUUCUUUAAA